AUGGGUGUCAUGGCUUGUCCUAAGGCGGUAGCGUCAUGCUUGGCGAGCUUCGUAAAGCAAUAUUGGGUGUUUAUUCGAUACUUAUGGUCUCUGAUGAAGCGACGAUCGAUGUCUCGAGAAGAUUUCCAAGUGUCUCUGGCUCUGUAUGUUUUGUAUCCCGCGUUACUGUGGCUGUUUCUCAACGUCUUUCAUGGACUGUGUGGGCUUGAAACCUAUGAUAACAAAGUGGAAGCGAUACAAGCAUGCAAAUCAUUAUAUUUCUGGUUCUGCUUCCUCAUGAGAAGUUACAAAUUGGCAAUCAUUCAUGUGUAUGGGAUAGAAAAACAAGGGUCGGAUCGAAAUCUGGGAAGGGGUUUGCGAAGAAGUACUGCAAACGAUGAGGGUAUUAGUCCAGCAAGACUAAAGUGCCAGACAUGGUUCCAUCUUAGUCAGGAAAUGACGCUAGUUGGUUGGGUAGUCUUCUUGCUGUUGAUCUGUUUACCAGUCUUGGCCUUUUGGUCAAUGUUCUUGUCCAUACUGGUGACAGUCUUCAACAUUCUAGUGUUGAUCAGAAGGCUGUGGAUUACAGCGCAAAGGCGAGAGGAUGCUGCCAAUAUGGCGAGAGACGAAGAGGCGGACGAUGAAUUCCAAGAGUUUCUUUCAAACUUUACGGAUGAAGAUCCAGGAUGGUAG